AUGUUAACAUUAAUAACAAAACAAAGAGUAUCAUCAGGUUUUUUUCAACAAUUGGUAAACAAUCAAAAGAAUUUAAUUAAUAAUUUCUUAUGGAUCCGAUCUGCUUCUGCUAUACCACCUGGUAUCGUAGGAAAACACAAACGUGUAUUACCUGCACAUAUGUAUAAACCAAGACCUCGAUGGGAAACCGGUGAUAUUGAUCCGUAUCCAAAUUUUGAUUUAAGUAAAAUUUUACGACCUGGUUUUGAAAAUUCUGAAGAAUUAAAAACAGCUGAUGAAUCUGUUAAACGUGUCUUUACACUUGAAUAUGCUACUCGAGCUGAAAUUGAAGAAUAUUAUUCGAAUUAUUUAGUCAAAGCAGUUCAACGUCAUCCUCUUGAUCAAUCAUCGUAUGAAGUACUUAUUGCUAAGCUGACUGCUCGAAUUCGAAUGCACAUCAAAUAUGGUGAUAUUGAUCCUCGGCGAAGUAGUCGUCGAAAAGUUGUCGGUAAUCUUCAAAUGAUUCGUAAUUAUUUACUUAACAAAUUAAUGAAUGCUGAUUAUGAUGUAUAUGAAUGGUUAAAGAAAAUUUUACGUAUUGAACAUGCAGCUGAAAAUCCAUUUCAAACACAAGUUGAUCAUGAUGAUAGAGAAUUAGAACGUAUGCGUUUACAACAACAAGCAUAUAAUACCGUUCAAAUGAAAAAAGAUGAAUUAAAAUUACGUUUUGCUUCGGAAAAAGAAAAAUUUUCUUCAGAAAAAGAAACAUUAUUAACUGAUAUUCAACGUGAUUUACAAGAUCUACGUCUUGAAAUCGCUAAAUAUAAUGAAAUUCGUCGUCAACGAACGAGAACUAUUGUUGAAUAG